CGCAUUUUGAUCGCAAUAGCAGAAGCACAGCUGUUUUUGUUUUGAAAUAUUUAUAUUGUUUACAUCGAAAUAGCUUGAUCUAAAGAAAUAAGUUAAAAAGAAUAGUCAUGGAUGAAAAUGUAUCAAGUGAUGGAGACGAAGAGAUUGAAGAUACUAGCAGCCUUUUGGAAGAUGAUGAACGUGAGACAAUAGAGGAAAAUGAUGAAGGCGAAGGGCGUCAAUUUGAUAUAUCCUUAGCAGCCACACAUUCAUAUAUGGGCUCAGAGCUAUUGCCAGUCAGUGGAAGGUCUGUGUUAGAAGCAGGCUGGGAAGGAAAAGUACCAGUCACAAUUCAUCACGGUGUUGUGUUCCCUGGGGAAACAGUACCCAUGUUGAUUGGUGACCAACAUGAUGCUGCCAUGCUAGUCCAAGUCAUUGAAGAGGAUAAAUUAUUUGGAUUAUUAUGUCCAGAUGAUAGUGGUACCAAGGUUUCUGGAUAUGGAGUACUCUGUGAGGUAUUUGAAGCAACACCAGCAAUUAUAUCUCUAAAAGUAAAGGCACGAGCCAUUCAUCGCUUUCGAUUUGUGGAUAUGCCAAAACCUACUCAGCCAAGAAUUAAUUUUUACAGAAUGCAAAUGGUGAAAGUUCGUGUUCUCCCGGAGUUGCAGCGUGGCGACCCGCUACACCACGCGCGUCUUGCCAGCCUGGACGCACUACGCCACUCCAACAUUGACAGUCGACUUCGCAGUAUGGACGCCUCAGUUACACCAUGGCCACUCUUUGUAUAUGAAAUAUUUAACUACCAGCGAAUGCGGGAAAUAAUCAAGGAUUACUUCAAGUCAGUGUCUCUGUGCGCAGUGCCCGAGGACCCGGUGUCGCUGUCGUUCUGGACGGCGUCCAACCUGGCGCUGUCGGCGCGCGAGCGGCUCGCGCUGUUCCGAGUUGAUGACGCGCUGCUGCGACUGCAUAUGGAGGUCCGCUUCAUCACCAGGAAAAGUGUGUUAUGCUGUACGUCAUGUGCGGCGGAGAUAGCGCGGCGGGAGCACAUAUUUGCCAUGUCCAGCGAGGGAGUGCACUCUAAUUAUACUAAUUUAGGUGGCUACAUGCACGACGUGGUGACGGUGUCCCGCGCGACCAACACGCAGCUGAGCGGCGCGCCGUCCGCCGAGUUCUCGUGGUUCCCCGGCUACACGUGGACGAUCGCCCACUGCCAUACUUGCAUGGCGCACGUCGGGUGGAGGUUCGAUGCGCAGGAGCGUAGUUUGCGACCGCAGCGGUUUUACGGGCUGUGCCGGAACUACGUGCAGCCGCUACCGCCGCCUGACGACGCGCUGCAGUACGUGUGAAGAAUCCUUAAACCAUACCUCAACUUUUUUGAACCCAAUGUAAAUCGACUUAUAGGCCAAAACUUUGAGAUCUCUAGGCGAAACUGUAGGAGGAAUCGGCAUAUGUGCACACUGUAUACCGUAUAGUGUACAAUGAUCAUGGUACAUUGUACCAUCGAAGAAAUUGAUUCAUAGGCAGUUGAGGGAGCUACGUCAUUUGGUUGGAUUAUAUCAAUACAAUGUGACCUACGAUCUGUCGGAUGGGUUUGAGAUAACGCAUUACGCGACCAAUUAAAUUACGCAGGUCCACCACCUACCUAUGUGUCUAAAACUCUAAACGCACUAGGCUGAAUUACGCCGGCGUAAAUUCCGCCGCGUUUACGCUGCGUUUUAAACUCAUACAAAAUACGGGCGGAACGCGAGAGACGACAUACUAUUCCGUCGUGUAUUUGUAUGCGUUUGACAUUUGCGGCGGAAUUUACGCCAGCGUAAUAG